AUUUCAGGUAUAAGCUCAUCUCUUCAUGGGGCUGAAAGACGUCCUCAAAUUCAUCAAAGGAGCUGUGCGGCCAGUCAGUCUGCUUCUCAGCGCCUGCCGGCUGUCAGGCAUUCUUCUUUCCCAGCAGUCAGAAAAUCAAUAAAGAUGGAAGCCUCCUCUUCUGGAUUUACGGAAGUAGCAGCCACAAAUGGAAGCCACGCUCAUGCAGAGUCAGCCAUGGAGAUGAAUGCAGUGUUACAGGGGCCACAGGGUACAACACCUGCUUCACUUUCACCUGCCGGUUUCCCAGCAGACUGUAGGCCUACCUUUCUACAGAAUGACAAAGCUACCAAGGAUGACAAAAUGCUCUAUGAUGCAUUGGAAGGAAUUAACAGUGCUUCAAAAGACAAUGACUCACUGCUGCACCCUGGCAAUUUGACAAGCACUUCAGAUGAUGCCAGCCGGUUAGACCCAGUGGGAGAGGGAGGUCUGGUUAAAAGUAGAUCAAGUGGACUUGUCUUCAGGGAUGGCAAAUGCCACAUUGACUUCAUCCUUGUUUACAGAAAAUCUAGUGCACAGACAGAAAAGAGAGAGGUCUUUGAAAGAAACAUCAGAGCAGAAGGACUGCACAUGGAAAAAGAGUCAUCAAUAACAAACAGUGAUAUCAUCUUUGUGAAGCUGCAUGCCCCUUGGGAGGUUCUAGGCAGAUACGCAGAAAUCAUGAAUGUGCGAAUGCCUUUCAGGAGAAAAAUCUAUUACCUGCAUCGGCGGUACAAGUUCAUGAGCAGGUUGGAGAAACAAAUAAGCAGGUUUCGUGGAUGGCUACCAAGAUCACCCAUGAGACUAGAUAAGGAGACACUUCCUGACCUAGAGGAGAAUGACUGUUACACUGCCCCCUUCAGCCAGCAGAGGAUACAUCACAUGAUUCUGAGAAACUAUUUCACAAAACUCUUUAUCAUACACAAUAAAGACACUUUCUUCAACAAUGCUACAAGAAGCAAAAUUGUCCAUCAUAUUUUACAGCGGAUUAAAUAUGAAGAAGGCAAAAAUAAAAUAGGAUUAAAUCGUUUACUUAGCAAUGGAUGCUAUGAAGCAGCAUUUCCCCUGCAUGAGGGAAGUUACAAAAGUAAGAAUUCAAUAAGGACCCAUGGAGCUGAAAAUCAUCGCCACCUUCUGUAUGAAUGCUGGGCUUGGUGGGGAGUUUGGUACAAGUAUCAGCCUCUGGACCUCGUUAGACGGUAUUUUGGUGAGAAGAUCGGAUUAUACUUUGCCUGGUUAGGCUGGUACACGGGUAUGCUGUUUCCUGCCGCCUUUGUUGGACUUUUUGUCUUUUUGUAUGGAGUCAUUACACUUAACCACUGCCAAGUCAGUAAAGAAGUCUGCGAAGCUAAAGAUAUAAUAAUGUGCCCUCUAUGUGAUAAACAUUGCCCUUACAUGAGAUUGUCAGACAGCUGUGUUUAUGCCAAGGUAACACAUCUUUUUGACAAUGGAGCAACUGUCUUUUUUGCUGUAUUCAUGGCAAUAUGGGCAACAGUAUUCUUGGAGUUUUGGAAAAGAAGGCGUGCAGUUCUUGCUUAUGACUGGGACUUAAUAGACUGGGAAGAAGAAGAGGAAGAGAUUCGUCCACAGUUUGAAGCAAAAUACUCCAAGAAGGAAAGAAUCAAUCCUAUAUCUGGCAAACCAGAACCUUAUCAAGCCUUUGCAGAUAAAUGUAGCAGGCUGGUUGUCUCUGCUUCGGGGAUAUUUUUUAUGAUUCUGGUGGUGAUUGCCGCUGUUUUUGGUAUUGUUGUUUACCGUGUGGUGACCGUAAGCACUUUUGCUGCCUUUGAAUGGGCACUAAUCAGGAAUAAUUCUCAGGUUGCAACUACAGGAACUGCCGUAUGCAUCAACUUCUGCAUCAUCAUGCUGCUAAAUGUGUUGUAUGAAAAAGUCGCUCUUCUUUUAACAAAUUUAGAACAGCCUCGUACAGAAUCAGAGUGGGAGAACAGCUUCACUUUAAAGAUGUUUCUGUUCCAAUUCGUUAAUCUGAACAGUUCCACUUUUUACAUUGCUUUUUUCCUUGGAAGAUUUACAGGACGACCUGGUGCCUACCUGAGACUGCUCAACAGAUGGAGGCUUGAAGAAUGCCACCCAAGUGGAUGCCUUAUUGAUCUUUGUAUGCAGAUGGGCAUUAUAAUGGUGCUUAAGCAGACUUGGAAUAAUUUCAUGGAGCUUGGUUAUCCAUUAAUUCAGAACUGGUGGACCAGAAGAAGACUGCGACAAGAGCACUGGAAUGAAAAAAAGGCCUUUUUUCCACAAUGGGAGAAAGAUUAUAAUCUUCAACCAAUGAAUGCUUAUGGUCUCUUUGAUGAAUAUUUAGAGAUGAUUCUUCAGUUUGGUUUCACAACAAUAUUUGUGGCAGCCUUUCCUCUAGCACCGCUUCUUGCCUUGCUGAACAAUAUCAUUGAAAUACGACUUGAUGCUUACAAAUUUGUGACCCAGUGGAGGCGACCGUUAGCUCAAAGAGCGAAAGAUAUAGGAAUCUGGUAUGGGAUUCUUGAAGGCAUUGGCAUACUUUCUGUUAUCACAAAUGCAUUUGUUAUAGCAGUGACCUCUGACUUCAUUCCACGUCUUGUUUAUGCUUACAAGUAUGGGCCAUGUGCAGGACAAGGACAGGCAGGGGAAAGAUGUAUGGUUGGCUAUGUCAACUCUAGCUUAUCAGUCUUCCUCGUGUCAAAUUUUGAAAAUCGCUCUGAACCUUUGUCAAAUAGAAGUGAUCAUUCUGGGACAGCAACUAAAUACUGCAGAUACCGAGAUUAUCGAGCCCAUCCUGAGGCAAAGGAGCCGUAUGUCUACACAUUACAGUUCUGGCAUGUUCUGGCAGCACGCUUGGCCUUUAUCAUUGUAUUUGAGCAUCUUGUGUUCACUGUAAAAAACCUGAUAUCCUACCUGAUCCCUGAUCUGCCAAAGGACUUGAGGGACCGAAUGCGCAGGGAAAAAUAUCUAAUUCAGGAAAUGAUGUAUGAAGCUGAAUUAGAACGUCUACAGAAAGAAAAAAAGGAGAGAAAGAAAAAUGGGAAAUCGUACCAUAAUGAGUGGCCAUGAAUGCAAAAGUAAGAUUCCUGUUACUUCACGCUACAAAGGCACUGCCUUCUAAUGACUGAAAAAAAAAACAAUGCAACCUCAAUGCAUGUCACUAAUACAGUUCUACAGGUGAGCACAUUACACAGGAUGAAAUACUCUCUGGAUCCAGUCAUGCAUUAUACAAUGCCUGUUUCUAACAGGGCGCGCAUGUAGUUCAUUAAUAAGCUGGAAAUAUGUAAGACAUUUUUUACUACAAAUUGUAUAAUGAACCUGUCUCCCAAAUCUGUCUGUAACAUUUGCAUUCUUUCCCAUGACAUUUUUACAUAUCUCAACAAACAGAAGUGUAAAAUAAAAUUCUGGAAUUUUUUGCAUAAAUUUUUAGUCCCUCUGAAGACUUGCUCAUUUCUCUGCUUUCUUGUAUUCAAUGAAAAUGCUGUUUACAGUUUGAUGCAUUCUUUAAUUCAUAUAUUUCAGAGAUUUAUUAUAAGUUAUAUAUAAUAUAAAUAAAUAUAUAUACUAUAUAUACUAUAUAAAUAUAUACAGACUGCUAAUUUGUAUAUAGUAAGAAAUAUAGCAAAGAAUGCUAAAUUUUCAAAUUUAAAGUUCAGUUUGUAAACAUAAAGCCAUGUUCCUGCUUGUAUACUGUGAUGCAAUAAAUUUAAAAUAAAUUAUGCAUAUGAAGUUU